UUUAAGAGGAUCUAUCUGUAGGAGCGAUAGCUAGUUUCAUGUGCACUCCGGUGACUAUUAUGAUGUAAAAAAAUGUCGGUGUCGUAUCGAGUAUUAUUUGAAAUUUAACUAACAAUUUUGUUUUAUAUUUUCUUACUCCCUCGUCAAAAUUAUAGCAUAUCCUACAUACAUAUAUUAUGCAACCACCUGAUAGAUCCGAUGUUUCUGCUGAAACUUGGGAAAUGUAUGAAAUGUUUCUUGCAUUUCUACAGGCACCAUUGUACCAUUUGGCUCUUGAAGCUGUGUUGUUUAUCUUAGUAAUUUGGUUACUUUUUCACAAGAGUUACAAGCCUCAAAGAACUGAAUUGACAGAAAAAGAAAAGGACCAGUUAAUUGCUGAAUGGGUACCUGAGCCAUUAGUUCCAGAAUCUGAUGAAAAUCAUUAUUCUUUAAAGCCAAGAAUUGUUUCAGGAAAAGUUGGAAAAGUUGUUAUGGUUGAUGGUAAAAAGUGCUUGAAUGCAGCUACUCAUAAUUAUUUGGGUUUAGUUGAACAUCCACAAUUAGAAGAGGCAGCGUUAAAGUGUUUACGAAAAUAUGGAGUAGGCUCAUGUGGUCCUCGUGGAUUUUAUGGAACUGUUGAUAUUCACUUAGAAUUGGAAGCAAAACUAGCUGAAUUUAUGAAUGUUGAAGAAGCUGUUCUGUAUUCAUAUGGUUUUUCUACUAUAUCAAGUGCUAUUCCUGCCUAUGCAAAACAUGGUGAUGUAAUUUUUGCUGAUGAAGGAGUAAAUUUUUCCAUCCAAAAGGGUCUAGUUGGUUCCCGUAGUGAAGUUUACUUUUUUAAGCAUAAUGAUCCAAAUGAUUUGGAACGGCUCUUGAAAGAACAGGAAAAAAAAGAUCAAAUUAACCCUCGUCGAGCCAAAGUGACCAGAAGGUUUUUAGUGCUGGAAGGCAUUUAUCUCAAUUAUGGAGACAUUUGUAACUUACCUAGAAUGGUUGAAUUGAAAAAUAAAUACAAGGUGCGCCUUUUCAUUGAUGAAGCCUGCUCUUUUGGUGUGUUAGGCUCCACCGGCCGUGGAGUGACAGAGCAUUUUAACAUACCUAGGCAUGAAAUUGAUCUCAUAACUGCAACUCUAGAAGCAGCAAUACCAAGUUUUGGAGGAUUUUGUGUUGGAACAUCUUUUAUUGUUGAUCAUCAACGCUUGUCUGGUCUUGGUUACUGCUUCUCAGCAUCUUUACCUCCACUUCAAGCAGGAGUAGCUAUUGCUGCGUUGAGUAUCUUAGAAUCUAACCCAGGAAUUAUAGAAGAUUUAAAAGAAAAUUGUGUUUAUAUGCAUGACAAACUCCUAAAUAUACCAGAGCUGUUGAUCUGUUCUGACCCAGUGUCUCCUGUAAAACACUUGUAUCUUGCUGAACAUUUGCCUCGUGAACAAUUGGUAAAAAAAUUAGAAGCCAUUGUUCAUUAUGGCAUGGCAAAAGGAGUUGCUCUUACUGUGGCUCGUUAUUUAGAUGCUGAGGAACAUAAAUUGCCUCCACCAAGUAUUCGUUUGAUUACUACUGCCAUUCUUAAGAAAGAAGAUUUAGAUUUAAUUGCAUCAGUGUUACAAGAAGCUUGUAAAGAAACUGCACUUUUAUAGGACUUUCCUUUAAUUAAAAUUUAUACUACUUAUCAAUCAAAAUUUAAAAAUUUUGUCUGAAUAUUUUUUAAUCUAUUUAUCGUCAGUCAAAUGUGAUUCGAAAAUUUCUAAUCCAUUUAGAAACCUAUUGUUUAAAUAUAAUGUAACAUAAGGUUUAACUCCUUCAUUCUACCAUUUCAAAAAUUGCAGUACAGUAGAACUUCAGAUAUCUGAACUCUUACUUAUCUGAAUUGCUGAUUACCCGAACCACUUUCAGAACUUCAGAAAAAACGAAUUGAGAUGAAAAGGUACUGCUAUUCGGAAAAAUAAUGAGUCUGUCUACACGCUGUUCCUGACACGAAGCUAAGUCAAGUAGUUUACUUUGACCGAGAUUUUCAACAAGCAAUUAUUUUCAUUUGAACCCAGUAGCAGAAACUUUCUAGCCAGUCUGCGACACUAUUUUGGGUAGUUGAAAAUAAUCUGCAGCAUUAUUAUUAAUUUUAUUUUAAGUUUUCAUAAAAUACAAAAGUCCUUUGUGAAGGUCAAGGCUUGGACAAUUUUCCAACUGACCAGUGGCCACUAGGUUUGAAAAACUUAGUGGCCAUCCUGUCGCAGAGUUUAAAAGUAUUAAGGGGGGGGGGGAGGCAGCAACUGUCACUACUUUCAUAAAAAUAAAUAGAACUCUACACACUAUGAAAAACAAUUAUUCAAGACAUAUUAAUUUUAAUAUGAAAAAUUUGCAUUGAAAUAGGUUUUUAAAUUUUUUAAAUUAGUAGAUGAGAAGUUGGCAGGAAACUGCAUUUUAGAUGAAAUAUUUAGCUUAUAGCAAAGUCUUCAAAUCAGUGAGGAUCAAAUAUAACUGUGCAGAUAAUAAUUCGCAUUUUUCAAAAAAAAUAUAUAUAUAUAUAUAUAUAUAUAUAAUAUAUAUAUAUAUAUAUAUAUAUAUAUAUAUAUAAAAAGAAGAAAAAAACAUGAUUUAUUGAACACUUUAUGUUAUCUUCAAUAGUUUGUGUUGAGGUAAAUAUCCAAUUCUGUUUUUGGAAACUUAGGUAAGUAAUAGUAUCGUUUAUUUUCAUCUUGCGAAUGACCAAACAUGGCAUCUACGUGAAAAAUUCAUGGUUAUAAAUAGAUUUUUGAAUUUAUUACAUAAAAGUAAUUAUAAAUUCAAAAUCCUUAAAAAACUACAAUUUAGUUGAAAUAAUCAGUUUUUAGCACAUUAGCCUCUAAAGCAGUGAAUAUAAGAUAAUAUUCUGAAGAUAAAAUUUUGCAAUUUUAAAGAGAAUAAUUAAAAAUUAUCCGAAAAAAAUAGCACAUUUUGCAUAAUUUUCAACAGUUUGCAUUGCAAUAAACAUCCAAUUCUGUUUUCGAAAACGCAGGCACUUCACGAGUCUUACAUACCAACAUCUUGGGAAUGACCAAACAUGGCGACUACGCUAAAAAUUAAGAUAUAAAUUUCUAAAUUUGUUGCAAAAAAUAUCUUAAAAAUAAAAAUCCUCAUGAAACUACACUUUAGUUGGAAAGUUUUAGCACUUUUGCGUCCAAAGCAAUGAGGAUAAGGUAAAAUUUUCACAUAAAAUUUUUCAUUUCUCAAGAAAAUUAUUUAAAAAAAAAAGAAAAAAAAAAACGAUUUUCUGCACAUUUUAAGUUAUUUUCAUUUGUUGGCAGAAAAAUAAAACAUCCAAUUCAUCUUUGUUUUUGAGAACUUAUGCACUUUUCUACUUCAAUUUUGUGAAUGACCAAGUAUGGCGACUAUGUUUCAAGCUGAAAUGCUGAAGCAUCUAUCGCCUUGGUCAAAAAGCGAUCUCCAAACGACUUUGCCAAAUUGUAUUUCGUUAUUUUUUCUUCUUAUAUUUAUUUAUUUAUUUAUUCUUUCUUUCUUUUUGUUCUUUGGUAAAAUUAUCUGCAGGCCGCCGAAAAAUCUGCGACGCGCGUCUCGCAGUUUCUGCUACCGGGCAUUUGAAGUACGGUACGUACAUACUGUACAGCACUUGUAAAUACACUGAGCAUGAAAAAGUGUUGCCUUUUCAUUUGAUUAAUUUUAAGAUUCUUUUAUUUAAAAAAUUUUUUUCUCUCCAUUUUCAAGCAUCCAUAAGGUGAUCAAUUAAAAUAGAUUUUUUUUUUCGAAAAAAAAAAUCCAAUCAUUCAAAUUUUUGAUUAUUCAAAUGGUGUUUGGUCCCAAUUGAUUCCGAUAGUUGAAAUGCUACUGUACAUGAAAUGGAACAUUUUUAAUCAAUGAGAAAUCUUUUCAUUUUUUCUUUAAAAAGAACUUUAUAAAUACAUACGUAGCCAAAGUAUUGUUUUAAUUAUUCAGUGUAAUUCCAAAUUUUCUGACAGUUUAAAACAAAUUUCUUUUUAUGUAAUCACUAAUUAUAUAAAGGGUCCUAAGCCUUUUUUUAUGAUAGCUUUUCAGUUUAAUGUUGCAAUUUAUUCUAAUUAUUAUGAAUUAUUUCAUUAUUAAUGUGUUUUUUCCUGUAUGGUAUCCUAUUACCAUUUUACAGAAAUAUUUCUUUCAUAUUGUAUUCUUGCAUGUCAUUUUGUUCUCAAAUACAUAAAAUGGCCUUUUUUUAUUUAUAAUUUUUGUAGAUAACAUAGUGUAUUCUGAGAGAAAAAGUAAUUAAUUAUUCGUCAUUUUUUCUUUAUUAUCUUUUCCACAAAAAUGAUAAUAUAUGUGUAUCUGCUUUGAUCAAAGUAUUUUCUUAUUCCAAUCGCAUAUUUUAUUUAUCACUGAAUUUGUGCUUUGUCCGACACCAGUAACGUUCUCUUUUUUGUCAAAUGCCUUUUACGUGUGCCUUUCCAAAAAUUAUACAGUUUUGUAGAAUUUUGGAUUUAAAGAGUGCAGUUAAUAUAUUGUAUAUGAAAAUGUACAAGAUUUUAACUCUUGAAGUAAGCCUCAGACCAAGAACAACACCAACAAAAAUUCAUUUGCUCAGAUUCUGUAAUAAUAAGUAACUACUGCAGUUUGGGAGGGAAGGGGGGGGGCAUUCCAGGAAGUGCAUUUUUGAAGAUUAUUUUAGUAAAAAUAAUGCUGGUUUUAAACCAUUUUUUUCCCCAAGACAUCUAUUCUACAAAAAGGUACAUUCUCUGAAGUAUUUUUUUCUCCCAACUAUAGCACUGGCACUAAUACAUAGCUUUUAAUAUUUUAUGUUUAACUUACAAUGCAUAGACACAACCUCAGAGCAAAAGGAUUUUUGUUGCUGUUUCUUCUGUCAUGAGCCAAAUUACUUUAUACAUGUCUUUUGUUAUCGCAUCCCAUUCUAUCAAAUAAAAUAAAAGCCAAAGAUUUAUAAUGUCUUGUUCUGAGUAACUUUUUAGGUCUUGUCGUUUUUAUUCACUUUUUCAGUUUAGAAUUCCAUAUCGUUUCUAGGAGUAGAAAUUGAUACUUACUGCCAGUUAACUUUUUUUAUUAACUUAAUUUAAAAGUCUGAUUACGCAAACUAAAGUUGUGGCAUGGAAUCAGGGACUGCUAUUGGUAAUAUUAAUAGUGUUACAGAUACCUUGCCUACCCCAUUUCAGUUUAACUUUACCAAAGUAAGAAUGUUUAAUUGCAUUUAUUGAUACUUUAUCAAUAUUACUCAUAUCAUA